AUACACAUUGAGAGUUAUGUGCUGUGUGUUUAGUGAAGAUGAGGAGUCCUUUGAACACACACCCUACAGCACUUAUCAGAUACAGAGGUUAUCCAGUAAACCUGAAGCCCAGGUCGGUACGGCCAUUGCAGAAAGGCCUCCAGCUUCACAGCCUGGUAAAAGACAAAGACUGCUGCAUUCUGGGAAGUUACCCUCCCCGGCCGAGCUGAUGGGCCGGAGGAAGAGAGGCAGGACAGCCGGGGCGUUGCCAGGGAGACAGGUCACGCAGCCCAAAGUGUCAGCCGUGAUGCAGCACAUCGGUGAUCUGCGUAGGAGACAGGGCUCCAUCGACCGGUUGAAGAGAGAGAGGUGGUGGGGUAAGGCAGGACUGCCGAGCCAUGCAGAGGGGCCAGAGGACAGUGACAGUCCCAGAGCAGAGGCCCCUCAGGGGCCAACCAUGAGCUGCCGUGAAGACCAGACAGAGGACGGAGCAACUGUCUCAGUCAUUCCAGAACAUACUACUUUUAAACCGGAGAGUCUGUUUGGGGGAUUUGAGGAGGCAUCACACCUGGCCCCUGGGGGAAAUCCAAUGAUGUCGUUCGUCCUGGCAACCGCUGACAGACAAGCCAAGGGAGCGUGGCAAAGCCCUCGACUGUCUCAUAAAGAAUUCUGGGGCAUUGAGCACCACGCAGAAGAAGAAUAGUUCAGUUCCGUAUUUAUAAUUGUAUCAGUUUGGGGUUGGGCUUUGUUGAUCUGCAGUGUUAGAUAAAGCAUGAAUCUUGUUUGUGUGAGUAUUCACAAUGAGAUAUAUCCAUAGGAUAUGCAGUAAUUCAUUCUCAUAAAUGUUCAAACCAAUAAAGAUAAGAAGGU